CCCCCCCCCAAAUGAAGACAGAACAAGUUCCUGCUUUAUACAUUCUGCUUUCUCACAAGGCUCAUAUCAGUAUUUCUCAGAUUAGGCAGCCAGAUUUACCAUGGCUGACAACUGGACAUCACCACAAAUUGUCUUCAUCAGUACCAGAUACUGAAAAUAUCUGACAGGGAAAACAAGAUGCCUGAUUACAGCAAUGUUUCAACAUACUCUACGCCUGAAAGUUUGUCUUUGCAUGAUGGGAGAAGCAGUUUCUAUAAAGCAUUUCUAUGUAAUUUGAAUAAUUCUGACAACUCGAAAAACAACGAAACAUUUCUUCCUGCCAUAUGUGCAAAUGACACUUCUGGAACAAUAAAACCCCUCAAUGUUAUAACUGUUAUAGUCUGUAUUUUGGGGCUUCCUGGAAAUGGAAUGGUCAUCUGGCUUCUUGGCUUCAGAAUUAAGAGGACUCAUUUCACAACCUACGUCAUGAACCUUGCCAUUGCUGAUUUUGGUGUCCUCAUCUUCCUGCUUAGCAUGGCUAGCUCUGCAAUACACUCGUGUGAUGGCUACCCUGUUACAAAGUCCUCCUUUCAAAUAAUCCGUCAGCUAACUUUCUUCGCUUAUUCUGUUAGCCAGUUUCUAUUGGCAACUAUCAGCAUUGACAGAUGUGUGGCCGUUCUCGUCCCACUCUGGCAUCGAUACCACCGGCCCCCACAUUUAUCCAUCAUGGUUUCUAUCCUAAUUUGGUUAGUCUCCUUUCUGCUUGCUGUCAUCCAUUUAGUUCUUUUAGAGACAAAGCGUUUAGUUUUUUUCUACCACCUUUUUGUGAAUGUCCUGCUUUGCACACCUAUCAUGGUCAUAUCUACUCUCAUUCUGUUCAUCCAUGUCUGUUAUAAACCAAAACAACAACUGCGGCGAAAGCUUGCCACAGCCAUUUUAUUCACACUCCUCUUUUUUGUCCUCUUUACCUUCCCAUUUAACAUGAUUUAUAGCUUUGAUGGAAAACAUGAAAGCAAGUGUUAUAAAAUCUCCUCCAUGACAUUCGUUUGCUGUGCCUUUGCUUCUCUGAACAGUAGCAUCAACCCCCUGAUCUAUUUCUUAGUUGGAUGGGGUCGAACGAUGGGUAAAGUCAAGAUUUCCAUGAAGGCGGCACUUGAAAGAGUUUUCAGGGAUGAGCAAGACAAUAGAGAAGAACAAACCACCAGGACAGGAGCAACCCAUCUAUAAGGAUCUUUAUGUGUGAAAGCAGUUAUCUUUACCAAAUAAUUCUUCAGAAUUCACUUGUAAAAUCAUUAUUCAUACAUAAUAUUCAAAACUGAUUGGCAGUAUGUAACAGAAAAUAAUGGUGAGGGUAUAUCUCCUGGUUUCCAAAGAGAAAAUAUUCAAUUUUUUGCAUUAUUCAUCCUUUUACAAUGCAAUUCUUGACUUUAUUCCUACUCAAAAGAUGUAUCAAAUAAUUUGGAACUGUGCAAUGAGUAUCAGAAUGGCCAUGGUGUACGAUUUUUGGAUCAUGUGAUUUUAAUAUUUAUAGUAGGAUAUUUUUAAUGCUUUGUCUUAGUGUUUAAAUGUUGUUUAUGCCUUAGGUUUAAUGGUUUUAAUUAUUUUAAUUUAUAGUUAUAUGUUAGUGUUCAGUUAUUAUGUUUUCUAUUAUAUG